AUGAGCACAGCAAAAGGGGACUUGCAGCUGCUUUCUUUCCAGCCUAGGACCCUGUAUCAGUACCGCUAUGCCCUGGAUGUCCAGCUGGACCACACAUCCGCGCCGUCCCUGCAGGGAGCCUGGCUGCGGGCUGAGGCACUGGUCCAGCUGCACAGGCUCUGGAGGGACCAAGACAGGGAAGAGCUGCUCCAGUUGCAGGUCCACAACCUGAAAGCCCAGCAUGAGCCAGAAGAGGAAAGAAACCAGGAUGGUACUAGAGGACCCCCUGCAGAGAUUGCACUGAGCCAGGAAUCACAGGCAGAGCUCCAGCAGCCAGUGUUCAUCUCCUGGACCAGCGGGAAGGUCAAAGCCUUCUAUGGGAAUGAAGCAGAAAGCAUCCUGAUCUCGAACCUGAAGAGAGGCAUUGUCAGUCUGCUCCAGCUCCAGCCCCAUGCUGGCACUGCAGUGGAGGAGGAUGCCUCUGGGAGCUGCCAAGUCACAUACACCGUGUCCAACCAUUCCAUCACUAAAACAAAAGAUCUCCUCAGCUGUAUAAAGCCGAACGCUGGAUUCACCUCCAUAAACAAAAUUUUUGGACUCAAGUGGCAGCCCACCAGCAGAAGUCAGUACAUGGUAAAAAACAACCUCCUCCAGUCAGUGCUGGCAGAGGAAACCCACGUGGUGUCUCCAGCCCUGAAGUCCACCACUGGCAUCAAAAUCAGUUCAAGGCAGCAGCUCCAGCUGGCAUCUCCUCCAAUACCUGGCCCGGCAGAGGUGGCUGCACAAAGCCUUGAGGAUGCACUGGCUGGCCUGAAGGGGCAGCACCAGCCUCUGGGCAUGGCCAGCCUGCCCUUCAGGAGGGUCUGCAUCCAAUGCCCUUCGCUGAGAGCCUACCUGAAAGCUUUUGACAGCCAGAGACUCAAAAUGGACACCUCGAAGGCGUCGACAACCUGGCAAUUCCAGAGGUUCAUCCAGAUGCUGCGCAGUGCCAAGAAGAGAGAUGUUCUGCAGCUGCUGAGGAGAGCACCUGAGGAGAUGCUCCCCUUCAUCAUGGAGGCAGCAGUGGCCGCUCAGUCAGUGGCAUCCUUGGCAGCUCUCUCAGACUUUCUGGAUUUCAACAAGAAGCCAAAUUCCCUACUGGAAAAGUUUCUCUAUGCGGCAGCUUUCUCUCCCCAGCCUUCAGGACAGCUUCUCCGCCUGGUGUUAGACAAGCUGGAUGGGAAGCAGCUGGCCCCUGAGGUCCAGGAGACAGGGAUACUUGCCAUGGGCUCUCUGAUUGGCAGGCUGUGCCAGCAGAAGCUAUGUGGGCUGCAGGAGGUGGAGCGUGGGGUGGAAACCAUCCUCAGGAGCCUCAGAGAUGCUGAGGAGGAGUCCGAGGUGGUCAUUUACCUGCUGGCCCUGGGGAAUGCAGCGCUCCCUGAAACCAUCCCCACCCUCCUGGACCAUGCUGAGGAGGGCCCCACCAUGGCUGCCACUGCGGCUAUCUCUGCCCUGCGGCGAUUCCCCGCUCAGCACAUCUCCAGCAAGGUGAAACAAGCAAUGAGGAGGAUUUUCCACAAGAAGAGGAAAAGCUGUGAAAAAACAUGCCGCCUGGCAGCUGCAGAAAUCCUCCUAGAUAAGGAGCCCUUGCCCAUGGAUGUCAUCAACAUCCUGCUGGCUGCUAAUGAGUUGGAGACAGAGAUGGCAACAUUUCUGCUGCUGAAGGUCCAGAAUAGCCUGUAUGCUCACCACCACCCAGCAAGGAAGAUAAUGAAAGACAUCAUGGGAGACCCACGGAUAAAUAAUUACAACUUAUUCUCAAAAGCCGGCAUCUCCUCUUCUUUCUCAGGACCUCUGACAGUCACCCGGGACCUGGUUUCCACCUUUGGGCUGGACCUGCUGUUUUUGGAGGGUGGAUUUCUGAGGAAGAGUGUCUCUGACUUCUCACUACUCAGCCAUGAACAGCAGCUUCAUGCAGCUCAGGUCACUAUUGAAGCACAAGGGAUGGAGUCAAUGCUGGGAGAAAAUGUCUUGGAAGGGGAAGAGGAGCCAGAGCUGAUGGCCGGGAUGUCUGCCAUCUUCUUUGAUGUUCAGUUGCGUCCAAUCAUCUUCUUCCAGGGAUAUACAGACUUAAUGGCCAAGGUCCUGUUAAGCAGCGGAGAACCCACAAGCGUGGUCAAAGGGAACCUCCUGCUGAUGGACCAUCACCAGGUCAUUCCUCUGCAGUCUGGCUUCCAAGUGGCCAUCAAACUCCAGGGCGGGCUGGGGCUUGACAUUGCAGCUGACAUGGAUGUGAGCAUUUGGGAGCAGGAACUGAAAACCAGCAUCAAUGCAAGGGGAAGCCUCGCCAUUGAUUUCCAGGCAGAACUAGAUAGCCCUUUCCUCCAAGCCACCCUGAGAAGCCAGACAGAGGUGGAGACCUCAGUCCAGUUUGACACCAUGUUGAGGUUUUCCAGCAGCCCAGUGCUCAUGUGCCUGCAGCUGAGAGAGGAGCAGAUCCCAUACAGAGAAAUCUUCACAGUUUCCAAGUCUGCUGGGAGCCAGAGCAGCACCACUCGAAAAGGCAGGCAGGGAAAAAAAAUACACCAAGCCAACUCCAAGGUCUGCAACCUCUUGCUGACAGCAGAAGAAUAG